GUGAGGAGAAGCCCCCCCCCCCCCCCUCCCGGCCCCCGCACGGAGCGGAGAAGGCGGCGGCGCAGCGGAGCGGAUCGGACCCCAACCGACGCAGGGGUCUCUGAUCAAUCAGAAAUAUGGCUGCAGAUUGGCUGGGUAGCAUCGUGUCCAUAAACUGCGGGGACAGCUUGGGUGUCUAUCAAGGAAGAGUGUCAGCCGUGGAUCAGGUCAGCCAGACUAUCUCCCUGACCCGACCGUUCCACAAUGGAGUGAAGUGCCUCGUGCCAGAGGUCACCUUCAGGGCAGGCGACAUUACAGAGUUGAAGAUUCUGGAGAUUCCAGGACUCGGGGACAGCCAGCAGUGUGGGGAUUUGCAGCAGAUCGAGUUAGGCAUCCCUGGUGGUGGCUACCCUGUGGACAGCGAUCAGAACGGGACAGGCAAGAUGCUCAGGAAAGCGCCCCCCAGCAGUGCUCCCCAGAACAUCCCCAGGAGGACAGACUUGAAGAACCAAGAGGUUGUCAUUUCCCCCCAGCAGCAGCAGUGCUCCAAAAGCUACGUGGACAGGCAUGUGGAGUCUUUGAGUCAGGCCAAAGGUUUCCGUCGGAGGCACAAUUCCUGGUCAUCUAGCAGCCGACACCCAAAUCAGGCGACUCCAAAGAAGAGUGGCUUAAAGAACGGCCAGAUGAAGAAUAAAGACGACGAGUGUUUCGGGGAUGAUAUCGAAGAGAUCCCAGAUACGGAUUUUGACUUCGAAGGGAACCUGGCGCUGUUUGACAAAGCAGCUGUGUUUGAAGAGAUCGACACGCACGAGAGGCGGAGCGGUACCCGCUCGCGGGGCACCCCGAACGAGAGGCCCGCCCGCUACCGCCACGACGAGAACAUCCUGGAGGCUGAGCCCAUUGUCUACCGGAGAAUCGUUGUGCCCCAGAACUCGAGCAAGGAAUUUUGCACCGAUUCUGGCCUGGUGGUCCCAUGUGUCUCCUACGAACUGCACAAAAAGCUGCUGUCGGUGGCGGAGAAGCACGGGCUGACGCUGGAACGGAGGCUGGAGAUGACGGGUGUCUGUGCCAGCCAGAUGGCCCUGACCCUGCUCGGGGGACCCAACAGGUUAAACCCCAAGAACGUCCACCAAAGGCCCACGGUGGCCUUGCUCUGCGGGCCCCACGUGAAGGGGGCCCAGGGCAUCAGCUGCGGGCGGCACCUGGCCAACCACGACGUCCACGUCAUCCUCUUCCUGCCCAACUUCGUCAAGAUGCUGGAGUCCAUCACCAACGAGUUGACCCUCUUCAGCAAGACCCAGGGUCAGCAGGUGUCCAGCCUCAAAGAUCUCCCCACCAGCCCCGUGGACCUAGUGAUCAACUGCCUGGAUUGUCACGAGAACGCCUUCCUGCGCGACCAGCCCUGGUACAAGGCGGCCGUGGACUGGGCCAACGGGAACCGGGCCCCGGUCCUGAGCAUAGACCCGCCCGUGAGCGAGGUGGAGCAGGGCAUCGACGCCAAGUGGUCCCUGGCCCUGGGGCUGCCGCUGCCGCUGGGCGAGCGCGCCGGCCGCGUCUACCUGUGCGACGUCGGCAUCCCGCAGCGGGUGUUCCAGGAGGCGGGCAUCGACUACCACUCGCCCUUCGGCUGCAAGUUCGUCAUCCCCCUGCACUCCACGUAGAGGGGCCCGCCUCCGGGGGGCGAGGGGUGGGGGGAAGCAGGGGGCGGGGGGAGGGGAUGGGGAGGGCCUGACACUUCUCUGAGCGCCUUAAGGAUGGGAGAUUCUGUCUGUGUCACAGUGAUUAUCGUUGUUGUUGUUGUUAUUAUUUUGUGCUUGCUCUGUACGGCACGGAGCACGUUUAAAGCCGAGAACCCAAGCGUAUUGGGAAGGCAGCGGCAGUUGCUACCGCCCAGGGCUGUCCUGGGGCCGGGGGGUGGUGUUGGCGGGGCGACUUGGGUCCGAAGGCCCCGGCGAACCGCCGCCCCCCGGCCCAGCGACCAGCCGCCCGGCGGGGUUUGUGUUUUCAGACGCGGGGGACUGUCAGACCGGGGACUACAGUCUACAGUCUACAGUCCCGGGGGGGGAGUUGAGGGGGGAGGGUUAUGGUCUUGGGAGGGGCGGCCAGAGCCUGAGUGCUUCCCUCCCUGACCCUGCUUUUUGAGCAGUGCCUCCCUCUAAUCGGGUACAGAUCUGGGGGGCUCUUCCCCACCCAUGGGAGGUGGAUCAUCAUGGCAAUCAGUGUUCUUCCCCCGCCCCUCCCGGGUCCUCUCGUAGCCUCCCUCCCUCCCCGCCACCUCCUGCAUUGAUCCAGGUGGACUUUAUAACAAGGGAUUUUUUUGUUGUUCUCUCCCGCCCCCACCCCUUUUCUUCCUGAGGACAGGUGGGGGAAGCAAACUGAUGUUAUGGGGUGUGAUUUGAUGCGUUGUCUUUUUGUGCUCAGCACGGGUAGUGUUGGGACAUGUUACUGUAGAACCUCAGUGCCCUCUCUGCCAGCAGUGUACCCUCUCAUCCCCCUCAACACCCCCUCCCCCCGACUUCAAGCUUGUGCCAUCUUCAGUUUUCCCCCCGGGCCCGCGGCGAGAGCCGGCAGUGGCCGCCGGCCACCCGCUUCCCGUCGGGCUGCCCGGGUUUGCCUGCCUUAGGGCACCGCCACUGGCCCUAGACGGGGCGGUGGCCUCUCCUGGUUUGACAGGUGAGGAGAUAUCCCCUUGCCCCCGAGGAGAAUUUCCCCGGCGAACCCCGCCUGGGGGUGGAGAGAGGGGCCGAGGGCCCUUUCUGGCUCAGUAUUCUGGGGUCCAGCGCCACGCUGGGCCUGUGGAGCCUUUCUCCUUCGGGGAGGAUCCGAAGAGAGCCGACCCCGGGGAUUGAGACGGCAGCCGAUCCCCUGGCACCGCCGCCAGAGCCGGCGAGCUGCCGGCCGGGGCCCCGUGCUAGGCUGACCUCAGUGACACCCACCCACCCCCUUCCCGAGCUCAGGGCCGGGGGACGGGCCCCCAGGGUAGGGCCAACAGCAGGAAGGAGCUGCCGUCCCCCGGCCACCAGCCCUCCCCUCCACCUUCACCUAGUGAAGUUGUUUCCUCCCGGAACGUCCCCCCAACACCCCCGCGCUUCUCACUCUGACGGAAGACGUCUAGGUGCGUCAGGCCGGGCUCGUCCCGGGCCGGAGCGGGAGCCCUCCUCCUCGGAACCGGUACGUGGUUGCGGCUGCGGUUGUGGCGAUUGCGGACCUUUAGGCCCAACCUAGAGCAGAGCGCGGGACCGAAAGGAGGGAGACUGAUUAUUUUGAAGUCCUCUGGAGAAGCCUCUGGCCUUCUGGGCCCCUUGGGUCUGCCACGGAGGCACCGCCUCUCCUGGCCGAGGGGGAUCUGGUUUCCGUGUGGGGCUCAGAGGGCCACGGGCUCCUCGUCUUUUCCUGCUGGAUCCUGAGCCGCGGGGGCUCCCCUCGGCCUCCCGAGAGCACGAGGGGACCCGGCUGUCCGGGAAUGCCCCGUGGCAGAGCAGGGGCCGGGGGUGCCAUUUUGGGCUCAGGCCGGAGGUGCGGAAACCUGCCUGGCUGAGCGGGGUUUGGCCCGGCACUGACGCCGGGCUGGGAGUCGGGGUUGUGUGUGACCUCCUCUGUCUCUUCCCCACCUCCUCUCGACCCUCUGCUUUUACUGGAAACAGACCGGGCCCCCGGUCCCACUUUGAGAGAGAGUCCGUGCCAUCGAGGAGGAGACGGCGGAGGACGGCUCGGCUAGGGUCCGGGCGGGCGCGGAGAGACUUGGGGCCGGGAGUCCGUUAGCGGGUCGGCCGGGCCGUUGGACGGAUGUGCGGGAGGUCUCCUAGACCAGGAGGGUGGGGAGUGGUCAGAGUCCGGGGGUGAGGCCGCCUCUCGCUCGGGCCCACGCUAAGAGCCUGAGCUUCGGCCCAGGGAGCAGCCUGUGGUCCCUGCCUGCGGCCACUGGCGACAGCAGAAACUGGUGUGAGCUUUCCUCCGGCAGCGGCCGAGGCCAGGUGGGGGAGACCCACCGUAGUUAAAGCCGGGGCUGCGAAAGGUCGGGCCGCGGCCUCCGGUUCAGACCAGUCGCCGGGCUCUAGGCUGGGGGCCGGCCCGGUGGGGCAGGGGGCCUCGCCUGCUGGUUUUCCCUCUCCGGGUCGGGGAGGCUCUGCCAUUGCCUAGGUUGGAGAAAGGCAGGGCCCCACCAGCCAAACCAUACCCGCGCUCAGCUCAGGGAGCUGCGGCGGCCACAUCUUCCCCCGCUGAGUCCAGCCCAAGACUCGGAUGCCGAAGCGGGAAGGAAGCCGAGGCCGAAAGGAGGGCGGCCCGGCUCCGCUUCGGCCGAGGGGCAUCCGACCGGACUUAGGUCCAGUCUUCUCUUUCCCUCAGUCGGCCCCUUAGCCAUGCGGGGAGGCUCGGUCCCAGUUGCGGACGGGGGUCCCGGCCGGCCCGCCCGCCUCGGGUCUGCACGCGCCGUCAGAGAAGCGAUGCCCGCUGCUGUCACGGGAUGGGGCGGGGCUGUAAAAGUGAGACGAGCACGCGUGCCACUGUCAGAAAAAAACCAGCACUAAAAUAAACAUGAGUGACCGAGA